UUUAGAAACAGCAGAUUUCUACAAGCUACAAUCGUGUGUUGAGGACCGAAGAAAAGCUGUUCUUUGUAUUUUGAAGUGUUGGUGGAUUCUGAAGCAACCGCUUUUUGUUGUACAUUGCAAGGACAUCUAACGUUUAACGCUCUCCUAUGUAAGCACCAUGGGGAAGAGGUACUACUGUGACUACUGCGACAGGUCCUUUCAGGACAACAUGCACAACAGGAAGAAACAUCUGAAUGGUGUUCAGCAUCACAGAGCGAAGAAGACCUGGUUUGACCAAUUCAGAGAUUCUGCAGCAAUUCUCCAUGACGAGCAAAUAAAGAAACCCUGCAGGAAGUUUCUCCAAAAAGGAAUUUGUGAUUUUAGCCCGAACUGCAGGUUUUCGCACAUGUCUGAAGAGGAGCUGUUCAACUUAAAGAGACGUUUGGAAGAGCAAAGACAACACAAAGAGGACUCUGAGCACAGAAUGAUCUCUGGGCGAAGCAUCGAGGAGUGGCUCUCGAAAAGGGAAAAGAAGAAAGCAGCUCUUGGUAGCAAAGGAGAUUUAAAAACCAAGGAGGACAAUGAGGAGGACGAAGCAGAAAGAGAUAUUCCUCAACAGCUCUUCUCCAUUCCUGACCUCUCACCCUCACUGUUACCUCCUCCCCCAGGUGGAUGGAGAGUCAGCAUAAGCACCGAGUGGGGCUGAGGGAUAUUUGUUCCAUUGUUCAAAGGGACUCUGGUUCAAAGAGAGUGUUUCACAUUUUUGGUUAAGGAUGUGCUCAUUUUUCAGCUUCUAUAAAAACAUGCUAUUAAUUAUUAUUUAGAAGGAGAAAUAAAAUAGAUCAUUUUCUAUACCAAUAGAUUUUUUUAAUUUUAUUUUGUACAUUAAAGUCCAAGUCUGUAUUUUUUAAACACUUUAUUUGGACAUGAUGUCUAACAGCAAGGCUUAGCUGAUUUUUAAAUUAUUCUGGCUUUAGAAGGAACACUAUUAAACUGAGAGUUUGUGUCUGAAGUAAGUCAGCCAUAUUGUGCCCUUCAAGUCUGCUUCCUCUCAGGAUUUUUGUUAAAUGUCAUUCCAUCCAAAGUUUUAAAUACAUCUGGAUUUUGUGUUAUAGGUCUUUAAUUUAAACGUAGCACAAAAAGUAAAGACAUUUUUGUGAGGUCAAUUAUUAUUAUUAUCAUUAUUGUUAUUAUCUAAAUGGUGCCAGAUUUGUCAGGAAAAUGCAUUUGUGGGUUUAGCCACAGGGUUGAGUAUGUAGGUUGCAAGCAUACAAAACUCUCCAAAUCCUCUUGGCCUACUUAACAAUUUAUGCAUUUAAAGCUUGGCAAACACCUUGCCUUUUCAGAAAUCAUUCUGGACUUUGAACAUCUCACACUGUGCGAGCGUUAUUGGCAGUAACAUCUGUCACACUGUGAGAUGAAAGAUGCCUGACUGCACAACUUGUUGCUGCAGCUCCAUCACGUCCGACACAUCCACAAGACAUCUCAGUCUAUCAAUGAGUGGAUAACAAUUUGUGGAAGUUGAUAUGGUUAGAAUUAGAGUUGGGUGAUUAAAGGUGGGAGAAGAGGAGGAGGGAUAGGAGGACAACAGUCAGAUAAUGGUCACAACAGCAGUCUUGUUGCACUAUUUCUACACAGAAAAUAUCAGAGACUCUCAUAUUUGUUGUAGGUCAUAUUUGGUGUAACUAACUGCAUGGAAGUACUGAACCACACCAGCCUGGCCCCUCCUUAAUCUCAUCACCAGUGUGCUGACACUAUGCUGUAGGGUGGCAUCCCAUCAGCCAAUGUGGUUGUGCUGGUCACACCGGCACGAACAGCAUGCCCAAGCUGAUCCCACUAGUGUUCAGUGUGAUUGCAGGGAGCCUACUCCGUUUUUUUUGCUCCAAAUUCUGGAAGUAGUCCCCAAUAAACUCCCCUCAGUUGGGGCAAGCUUUGAAGUAUUGCAGGGCUUAACCUGGUCCCAAUGAGUGGAAAUGUGGAAUUACCAUUGGUUGCAGAAUCAGCUUGAUCCCUCUUUGCACUGAGAUUCUCUCCAAUGAUGACAACCUGUUUUUCCAGUGAGGAACAUACUGUCCCACACCAUCACACCGCCUCCACCAAAAACUCUCCAGAUCUCACACAUUUUGCUAAACGGCAUAAAGAUCUUGGUACUUUUGACUAUAUAUGUUACAAGUCACUGAUUUAAUUUCUCUCCCUUUAUGUUGGUUGGAGGAAAUACACAGAUUUCUGAAUCCAGAUAUGUAUAUAUACUAAAUAAAACAGACAAUCUUUUCUUCUCACUGCUUGAAAUUAAAUCAGACCAAACUUUUUAUGUUUCGGUACAUUUAGAUUAAAAAUUAAGCCUGCUUAUGGUUUGACAGUGAUAAUUAAAAGUCAAUGUCUUUUUAUGCAAUGUAGAUAAACAUCUGCUUUCAGCUGUUGGUCUUAAUAUGUAUGCUGCAUAGGUUUCGUUUUUUUCAGCAUUGUGAAUCUUGAGGCGUUAGUGUUUAUUACCUUUACAGAUUAAUAGGUUUGUUCAAAUGAGUAUACAGUCUUAUUUUAGUGUGAGUAUGUUUUGUUAUUUUGCUAACCCAGGUAGGAUAAUGUGGACAUUUACCCCCAAAUUAUAUCAAUAUCCAUCAUGCACAUGUGGUCCCAACAUGGAAAACUCAUUAAUGAAGCUUUAAAGAAACAAACACGUUCACAAAAUAGUCCCUAAAUAGUGUUCUUUACCAUUUUUAUUGUUCAUUACCUGAAUAAAGAUACUCUAUAGGUUAGUGAGCAAGAAAAUAGUUUUUUUAUUUUUAAUAUCGAUUGCGCAAUCUAAAGUAAUUGCUUUUUCAGUCUCUGGCAUGAAUAAAUGCUUAAUUUGGUUAUUAUACAAGUGAAAAGAUUUCCCAGGGUGUUGUAUGCUACUAGAAUAUAUUUAAUUGUCUAACUUCAGAUUAAAAGAAAAUGUUUGGGCAACAACCCGGCAGACACCUGAGGAAUUCAAUAAAAUACAGCUGUCGGCUGACAUCUGCAUUGCUAAUUAGAUUAAUACCUCAAAAAUUAGAAGGAAAGUUGAGCUAUUGAGAAGACUAAUAAGAAAACGUUCUAAGAUCAAAAAAUUACAUUGGCUGACUUAUAAUAGGAACAAACUUAUGCAGAAGUGGAUCAUAAAAGAUACAUUUUUAUUCAUGUUAGCUAUUGAUUUUUUUUGAGGUUAUAAAGGUACCAUCAAAAGCAACUCUGGCUUCUUCCCACAGUUCAGAAGCAUUAAUGCUAGGCAGACAGAUGACCUCAGGAGAGAGGGAGAACAUUCAUGGUUUAUCAUUUUGGGACAUACUGGUGCAGAAAGUACAAACGACUGACAAACUAUCUGUCACUCACGUACUUUAACUCUCCUCAGUGGCUGUUGAGACAAGCUUUGCAAACUUCUGGUGUAUUUCUGGCUGGAUAACCAGCCCCUUUGUUAGCUACAUUUUGUAGUUCAUUUGAAUUGGUUGGUUUUCUGGCACAGCUGCAGCUUAAAAGCACAGACUCAGCAAGCCUUGGGAUGACCAUUCCAGGGGCUUAAAGUUAUCCAGCCGUAAACAUGUUUCAAUGAGUGUGAAGUGUUUUUUUAUUGUUCCAUCUGUUGAAGGGAUCAGUACCACUGGGAGCAAAAGAACCCCACAGCAUGAUGCUUCCGCCACCAUGCUUGACAGUUGGCACAGUGUUUUGAAAGUUCUGAAAGCUUCACCUUUUCUCCUUCACUCAUUUUUUUUCAUUGUGGACAAAUAAUUCAAUCUUUUGCUUUUGGUUUCUCCAUGUGGAUAUCUGAAAAUUUCAGUCGAGUUUUAUGCCAUCUAUUUUGAAGCAGGGACUUCUUUUUCUGCUCAGUAGCCUUUGAAUUUAUGCCAAUGUAAAUCGUGCUUCAAUGUGGACAGUUACAUUGGUGAUCAAGCAACUUAGAUGGUUCCUUAAUUUUCCAACACUUACAAACCAUUUUCUUGCUCCUCUGUGAUCGGCAGUUUGGGUCUCCUUCUGGACCUUAGUCAAGUGCUGACAACUUGUGCUUACCUAUGCAUUAUUGUUUGAACUGAUAAAUGCAGUUGUUUUGAAAAAGCACCAAUAAACCUUCCCAGCUUUUCUCAACCUACAAUUCUUCUUAGAUCCUAAACUCACAACUGCAACUGUAUGUAUUUUAGGACGUUGCUGAUAGUUGUUCUUGUUAUUGCAACAGCGAUAGAUUAUUUGUGAAAAUGGUCCAACAUAUAAUACAUUCAGAAUUACACAGUUUUUCCAGCCCCAGGGCUCAUACAUUUUCCUGCUUUUCACCAUAUUUUCACUUCAUAAUAGAAUCAUUUGUCUUAAUGAAUUGACAGCAUGCAAAUGUCCUCAAUAAACCAUGCAUCUCCUUGCA